AUGGCGAGCCGGAAGGAGGAUGAAAAGAAUGAGCGUACUAUACGGAAUUUGCUCAAACUUCCUGAUAAUCGGAGGUGCAUCAACUGUAAUAGCUUGGGGCCUCAGUAUGUGUGCACUAAUUUCUGGACCUUUGUCUGCACAAACUGCAGCGGAAUACACCGAGAGUUUACCCACAGAGUGAAAUCUAUAUCCAUGGCUAAAUUUACUUCACAAGAAGUUAGUGCUCUUCAAGGAGGUGGAAAUGCGAGUGCGAAAGAAAUUUAUCUGAAGGAAUGGGAUCCACAGCGUCAGUCUCUUCCAGAUGGCAGUAAUGUGGAGAGGCUCCGUGACUUCAUUAAGCACGUAUACGUGGAAAGGAGAUAUUCUGGUGAGAGGAGUUCUGAGAAGCCUCCUAGAGGGAAAAUGGGUGGAACCGAGGACUCCUAUGAAAAUCGUAGAAAUGAUAGUUUCCAGAGUGGUUCACGAAGUCCUCCAUAUGACGAUGCCAAUGAACGCCGUCUUAGUGAUAGGCUAAGUUCAGGUGGUCGCAGUCCGGCAUAUGAACAAGAUAAUCGACAAUAUGAUAAAAGAAGUCCAGCCCGAACAGAAGUUGUCAAUGACUGGCGACGAGAAGAUAGAUUUGGGAAUGGGAGGAGACUGGAGGAUAGAGUUUCUGAUGGUGGUUCUAAGUUUGAUAGUAGGUCACCGGACCGUCAAAGAGAUGCUGAUGCAUCGAGCCCCCCUGUCGUCCGACCUGUUAGAGAUAUUCUGGGUGAUAAUGUGUCUCCUCUUCGGGUUCUUGAACCUCCGAAGGGCAAUGGCCUUCGUACCCAGAGAACUGCAUCUUCCAGUAGCUUGGCAUCCUCUAAUGGCAAUGCAACUGAAACCAAAUUUGAAACUUCAUUGAUUGAUUUUGAUGCUGCUCCUGAACCUCCCGCACCUCCAGCAGCACAGCCACCGCAAGCUGCUACUAGUGUCCCUGUAGCACAAACAGCAAUGCCUAGCAAUGAUAACUGGGCCAAUUUUGAUUCAGUGGCUGAGGUGAAAGUAUCUCAGCCACCUGUGAACACCAAUCCACUUGAAUCCAUGCUUUCCCAGUUGUCAGUACCAUCAUCUAUACCUGGUGACUUGACUGGAACUCCUGGAAGUGGCACUGGUUUGCCGACUUCUUCUGCAGCUACCGUUGCAGCUUUCCCCGAUUCUCAACAAGUUGCAUCCUUUGGAUUGCCUUUUGGCAAUGUUGCACCUCCUGCUUCUGUAGCCAACAAGUCAGCUGCUUUUCUAUCAGGUCCCCCAUCUGCAAACACUGGACCUGGAGUGCUGCCCCAGUUAGGUGGCAAUGCCUUUGGAAAUCCUGUUACUGGAGGACAUUGGUCACAACCUCAAACACAAUCUCUGUUCCCUGCUAUGGCUGGCCAACUUCCUGCGCGACCAUCUAUCUCUCCUGCUAUUCAACCAGCAAGCAAUGAGCCAUGGAAUCCGUUAUCUGCACCAAAUCUGCAAGGGAUCCCCGGUGUGGCAACUGUACAAGCCCCACAAACUGUUGUGAACCCUACCUUGGAGACCUCUUCUGGAUUGAAUACGCAGAAAUCUCUGGAGGUUAAAUCUAGUGGAAGAAGCGCACUGCCCGAGGAUUUGUUUUCCAUGAACUUUGCGCAAAUUCCUGUACAAGCUCCUGGAUGGAAUACUGGUCCACCUUUUGGGAUGGGAUUCAACAUGCAAUACAACGUGCCAAUGCCCGUUGCUCCCAUCCCCCAGGCAACAAAGUCAACAAAUCCCUUUGAUGUCAACAACGAUCCUCCUGCUCAAGCAUUUCCGUCGAUGGCUCCGUUGCAAAGUGCAUUACCUAACAUGCCAGCUCCAACGAACCUCCUUCGAACUUCCAGCCUUGGCACCCCUGGAGCUCAUCCGUCAACAAUGCAUCCCAGUUCUGCUUCUUAUGCUUCUGUGAUGCCUUCAAAUGCAAACAUGAUGCCGCAAUUGCCAAGUAACAUGCCAGCAAGACCUCUUGGGCCGAUGAAUUUUGGCAUGGAUGCUGGGGUCUUUGGACAUCUAAGUUCAAAUCAGCCUAUGGGUGGAUUACAGUCAUUACCUGCUGCACCAAAUAACUUCUCUUCUGUCGGUGGAAACCCAUUUGGUUAA